AUGGACGAGUUCGGCUACCACGCCACCCACAGCCUCUCCGCCGAGAUUCGACCCGAAGGAUCCAGCAAGGACAGCCUCAAGCUGCGCCCGCUCAUGCUGCCUGGCCUUUCAGCACAGAAUCAGUAUCCCCCCGUUCAGCGGCUCAACAUCCCCAACUCGCGCAGCGUCCCCUCGGGAUGCGUCAUCAGGAGGGUCUCCCCGGGCCGCAGGCAGCACCACCCGCCGCGUCGCACCAUCGAGUCGGAAGCCGAGUCGAGCUCGGAAAGUGACUAUGAGAUGGGCCCAGAUCGUCGCAGGGCGACAGCUUCGCACGACGUUGUCUUCGAUUGCCUCUCGCCAGAGCACAGCGUGUCUGGACAGGGCAGAGGCGCCCUGUCUAGAUCGCGCUCCGAGACCUUUAGCUUCCCGCUGCCACCGACGGACCGUCCACGUCCUGCGGGACGGCUCCCCUCAACGCGGAGGCGGCCAACGGCGACGGCCUUGAGGGUACCCUCCAGCGUCCGUACGGCGUCUUUCCGCGCCGAUGCCGAGGCUUUCAUCAACCAGGCUAGCCCGUGCCUGCCGCUGGCGGCGUGCACCUUUUCUCCCAUGCAGUGGCCGGCAUCGCUCGCUCUAAGCGGCAGCCAGGGCUGGUCGCCAGACUCGAGCAGGGCAGCGUCCCCAGUCUUGGUCGACGCCGGACUGGUGAUGGAGAAGAGCGACAGCAAGUCCGGGUCGAUUGGCUGCGAGGUUCUCAGGCCAGACGAAGAUCUGGUCUGCUCGCCAAUCAGCAGCGGCCGUAGUGAGCGUAGCAUGCCGCCGAGCUACCAGCAAGCCAGCCAACUGCCCGCGUAUCAGGAUCAGCAAUCAUCGCCGCCGUGUCUCGAUGACGGUGCGGGAUCGGAUUCGAGCGAGUCAGAGGCCGAGUCCGACGCCGAUGCCCAGAAGCUGGCACGCCUGCAUGCCAGCUUCCACCUGCUGGACAACGACGGCGAGUUGCUGCUGUCCUCGGGCCGACAGGAGCCCAGCGCUUCGCUCGACCACGUCCUCGGCCUCUCGGUCGAGGAGCAGAUGGCCUUCCUCUGUGGCAUGGGGUACCGGUACCGCAAACCCACCGCUUCACUGGUCCCUUCGCUCACCGACAACGAGGAUGCCAGCGACUACGACGGCGAACGCGCAGAGGUCGGCAGCAGUUGGUCCAGCUCGCACGACUCGGACGAGACCCGGGUCGAGCACAGCCCCAUCCAGCUGGCCGAGCAGCAAGGCCGGCGACAGCCGUCGAUCCGAUUCGGCGCGGAAGUUGACCGGCGACUGGCCUCCAAUGCCACUUCGGCCCGCUCAUCGCCGAUCCUCUCUGGAGCGCUUUCGGCUGACAGGCUCGAUGCCGAGCCUCUGGACAAGGUGGGCUCGCUCAACCUCGGUGGCGACGAUUCGAUGCCCACGACGCCCGCCGACGUCGCCUCGCCUCUGGGGCCCAACGAGAUCGAUGUCACGCGCCUGUGCGCUCGUCCGCUCGCCUUCAAUACCCCCUCGCCCAGGUUUGAUCGCACGGACAAGGAGGCUGCCGUCACGCUCAAAGACGAGGACAUGGCUGGCACGCCGCUCAUCAUGCGGGAGUUCAGCUACCUCGUCGACGACAGCCUGCAGUGGUCUUCGAACUCGACGGCAACGACGCCACGGGAGGAGAAGGCAGCGCACCUCUGCGAUAGCCCCUUUGACGCGCCGCUGACGACGCCGGAGCUGGAGCUGGACGGAUGCAUCCUCGACCCGAUGGAGGCGCUCCCUUCCCCUCUGCCGGUCGGCGCCCGACCACUGGUCGGAGAUCACGAGGCCACUCCCGCAUCACAGUCCGGCCAGAUGGAGCGGAGCCCGCUGCCCACCCUCACCCGGUCCAUCACCUGCCCGACCGGCUUCGAGCAGGAAGGCAGUACGAGGUUCGAAAUGGUGCCGCAGUUCCACCGGCCCUUUUCUGGACAGCUCACGCUCCCGCCGAAAGUGCCUCGACCGACCGUGCGACCGACAGACGAUGGACUCGCGCCGGGGAGACCGGGUCUCCCGACCUCGAUGUCGACCUCGGUCUUGUCGCGCCCACGCCCGCUGGGGCGGCAGACCGCAUCUUCCUUCUUCGCCGGCACCGAUCUGCAGGCCACCGAGAUGUCGUUCGCCAAAGCGCGACGCCUGGGCGCACGACGGCCUUCGGUCCCUGCCCGGCACAGCUCGUUGGACCUCAAGGGCGAGUUUGAACGAGGUCAGAGCGACGCGAGCGAAGAGGCGCGCUCCUACUUUUCCUCGGACUCCGAAUUCGACGACGACGAAGACGACGAGUCGUGCAGCAGCACGACGGCCGCGAUGGACUGCCGACGCAACAGCGACCCGGCCAAGCGGAGCAAGCGACUGAGCCAGGUCUCGAAAAAGUCGGACUCGUUUCCGAACCCGCAUCUCGGCCUGGAUCCGGCGCGCGCCGCCAGCAUACACCGUCGCAACGCUGCGCGCGAGCUGAGCGCCUCGGACCUGGCCAGGGCGUACGACGUUUCGACGCGACACCGCGACCUCCUCGCCGCCUCGUCGCUCGCCGCCGCUGCCGCACGGUCCCGCCGCCGUCCCGCGCAGCUGCACCGCGACAACCCCGACGGCGGAUCCGUCGCGUCCGAAGAGGAGUCGGAGCCAGAGCAGCAGGGUACGUACUACCUCUCGCCCGCGACCACGUCGGCGGCGAAGCGGUACGAUGCGCGGUCCAAGUCGCUCCCCACGCUCUACGUCGCACGCACGGAGGCACAGCGCAGGCAGGGCGUCACGGGCCUCGACGAGACCGAGCCUGCCCGCAUCGCCGACGUCGAGAGGUACGUUGCCGCACGCCGGGCCGGCAAGUUCGGCCGGGGCGCUGCGGCGAUCCCCAAGCCCAGCAAGCUCCGAUCGCGGUCGAGCCGCGUCGUCGCUCUCUUUGCUGGUCGGUCCGGUGGACUCGACACGCUAAAGGGGCCCGAAGUGGACGAGGAACGCUCUGUCAUCCGCCUGAACACGCCGAGGAGGGGCGUGUUGAUCGUCGAGGAAAAGUGGGUCGAGGUGGUGUAG